AUGUCUGCCAUUCCGAUAUCAUGGCACGAAGGCGAACUCGCCAUGCACAAACUUCUUUCCGUCCCGCGCCGAGAAAACCCCACAUCCCCAGGCCUCCCGGCCCGCUACGGAUGGCGGAUCGCCGCAUCCCCCCUCAUCGCCCUCGGGGCGCUAGAUUCCCGCGGGAGACCAUGGGCGACGAUCUGGGGAGGGGAGCAAGGCUCAGCAGGGGCCAUCGCGGCGGGGAUGUUAGGGGUGAGGAGCAUAGUUGACGGGGCUCACGAUCCCGUGUACGAAAGCCUCUGGGAGGGCAGCGAGAAGGGAAAGAUAACCGCUCCUUCGGGCGGGGAGGGGAAGGAGAGGUUGAUUGCGGGGUUGGCGAUUGAUUUGGAGAGUAGGGAUAGAGUGAAGUUCGCGGGGAGGAUAGUGGUCGGGGCUGCAGUGGCAGCGGGGAAGGUGACGGAUGUGCAGAUGGGGGUGGAGGUGAGGGAGUCGAUGGGGAAUUGCCCAAAGUAUUUGAAUAAGAAGAGGAUUGAGAAGAGGGAGGAGGGGGAGAUGAGGCCGGUUUUGGUAGAUGGGGAGGAGGGUGCCUUGGGGAGGGAGGCAGUUGGGAUUGUGGAGAGGGCGGACUUGUUCUUUAUGGCGAGUUUUGGGGGUGGGAGUAUGGAUGUUAAUCAUCGAGGGGGGAUGCCGGGGUUUGUGAGGAUUGUGAAGAAUGAUGCGGAUGGCGUCGUUCUUGCGUAUCCCGAAUUCUCGGGAAACAGGCUGUAUCAGACGCUUGGGAACCUGAGGGCAAAUCCCCGAGUUGGAGUCGUGAUACCUGACUUCGAGACGUCCGAUGUCCUCUAUCUCACCGGGACCGCGGAAAUACUCAUCGGAGGCAAGGCUACCGAGCUUCUCCAACACACCAAGCUCGCCGUCAAGAUCACAGUCUCACAAGCCCGAUUCGUCAAGUCCGGCCUCCCAUUCCGCGGCGAAGUGGUCGACUACUCUCCUUACAAUCCGCCCCUACGAACUCUCGUCUGGGAAAAGACGUCUUUAUACGCUCCACCCGAUAAGCAGCAACGCGAUAUAACGGCAUCCUUUGUCAAGCGAGAACUCCUCACCCCUACGAUUGCGAGAAUAACGUUCAAGCUCGACUCCCGAACGCCUCUCCCGACCUGGAAGUCGGGACAGGUGAUAACGUUCGACUUUAAGCACGAGCUCGAUAAUGGCUGGUCUCACAUGCGCGAUGAUGAUCCACAGUCCCUCAACGACGAUUUCGUUCGCACGUUCACGGUGUCCAGCCCCGCGCCGGUCAGUAUUCGCGCCGGUUCGAAAGAUGCAGAGUUCCAGAUCACAGUAAGGAAACACGGUCCCGCGACCGCACUCCUCUGGCGGUGGAACCCACGCGUGGAGCUCGAGAUCCCCAUUCUAGGCUUCGGCGGUGAAGAGGGCUUCCUCCUACCCGUUGAGAAGACGAAGGACCUAUCCGUGUUUGUGGCAGGCGGUGUUGGGAUCACGCCGCUCAUCGCGCAAGCAGAGGGUGUGCUUGCGGCUGGUAACGGGCUGAGGGUGCUUUGGAGUGUGCGAGGGGAGGACUUACCGUUUGUGGAGGAUGUGUUUGGUCGUGUGAGGGGACUUGCGCCGCUUACAACGGUGUUUGUAACGUGGCGGGGCGAUGAUGGACGGGAGGAGCUGAAGGAUAGGCUUGAGACUAUGGGGGCGAGGCUGUAUGAUGGGAGGAUGGGGGAGAAGGAUGUCAAGGCCGUCGAGAGGAGGGGAGGGAGGAAGUUUUAUCUUUGUGCUGGGGAGACCAUGAUGAGCAUGUUGCUGGGCUGGCUGGAAGGGGAGGAGGUGGUUUAUGAGAGCUUCAGUUACUGA